AAUACUUGCCAUUCAAUUCCGACAGUUUCCACAACCAAAAGCAGUGUCUUUUGAACGCCAUCAAUCACAUCGCUCAUUACAAAAAUACACUAAUCAUCACAAGAAAACAGAAGCUCAUUCCAGAAUGUCAACGGCUGGUCGGGUUAUCAAGUGCAAAGCCGCGGUGGCAUGGGAAGCGGGGAAGCCGCUGUCAAUUGAGGAAGUGGAGGUGGCACCACCGCAGAAACAUGAAGUUCGCUUGAAGAUCCUCUUCACCGCUCUUUGCCACACCGAUGUCUACUUCUGGGAAGCCAAAGGACAACAACCACUGUUUCCUCGCAUUUUCGGUCAUGAAGCUGGAGGAGUUGUGGAAAGCGUAGGCGAGGGUGUAACUGAUCUCCAGCCGGGUGACCAUGUCCUCCCUGUGUUCACUGGGGAGUGCAAGGAGUGCACGCACUGUAAGUCGGAGGAAAGCAACAUGUGUGAUCUGCUGAGGAUCAAUACUGAUAGGGGUACUAUGUUGAAUGAUGGCCAGUCCAGGUUCUCCAAGGAUGGAAAGCCAAUUUAUCACUUUGUUGGUACCUCCACCUUCAGUGAGUACACCGUUUGUCAUGUUGGUUCCCUUGCUAAGGUCAACCCGGCUGCUCCCCUUGACAAAGUUUGCGUCCUUAGUUGCGGAAUAUGCACAGGUCUUGGCGCCACUGUGAAUGUUGCAAAACCGAAAAAGGGUUCAUCUAUUGCCAUUUUUGGAUUGGGAGCUGUUGGUCUUGCUGCCGCCGAAGGUGCAAGGAUUUCGGGCUGUUCAAGGAUCAUCGGUGUUGAUUUGAAUUCCAAUCGCUUUGAAGAAGCCAAGAAGUUUGGAGUGAAUGAAUUUGUGAAUCCGAAAGAUUAUAACAAACCAGUGCAAGAGGUGAUUGCUGAGAUGACCAAUGGUGGAGUUGAUAGGAGCGUUGAGUGCACCGGAAGCAUUCAGGCGAUGAUUUCUGCAUUUGAAUGUGUUCAUGAUGGUUGGGGUCUUGCGGUACUAGUUGGUGUGCCAAACAAAGAUGAUGCAUUCAAAACCCAUCCAAUGAAUUUCCUGAAUGAGAGGACUCUUAAGGGUACCUUCUACGGUAACUACAAGCCCCGCACCGAUCUACCAGGUGUUGUGGAGAAGUACAUGAACAAGGAACUGGAACUGGACAAAUUUAUCACUCACUCGGUCUCGUUCGCCGACAUCAACAAAGCAUUCGACUUGAUGCUUUCUGGACAGUCCAUCCGGUGCGUCAUCCGCAUGGAGAAUUAAGAGAAAAAACUAGUGACUUGUUACUUGUUAAUGGAGGGAACUUGUACAUCUAUCUGCUGUUCAUUAAAAUAAGUAUGGUUACAUGGAUUUUGAGGGUAUUGCAAAUUUGGAGAGGAUAUGGUUUGUGAUUUUCCCUACCAUUUUUCAAUUUAUAAACGUAGUUUGCUUCA